AUGGAAGCUGUUCUGCAGACCAAAGGCCUUCUUUCUUUGCCCUCAAAUCCCAAAACCAGAGUUCUAGGCUCGCCGCAGGGGCUCAAAUACCGGCUUAGCGCUAAGAGCAAUAGAGCUCUUGGUGGGUUUUCUCUUUCCGUUGAUGGGUUCCAAAAAUUUCAUGGCUUUGUGUCAAGAACUCAUGGGUUCUGUAAGAAAGGAAGAGAUUUGCAGAUUUGCAGGGCAGAAGCUGCGGCUGCUGCAGAUGGGCAGCCGUUAAUUGGUGAAGUGGAGAAGCCCAAGUUCUUGGGUAUUGAGGUCUUGACCCUUAAGAAGAUUAUCCCACUUGGGUUGAUGUUCUUCUGCAUUCUCUUUAACUAUACUAUUCUCAGGGACACAAAAGAUGUCUUGGUUGUGACUGCUAAGGGCAGCAGUGCCGAGAUUAUUCCAUUUUUAAAGACGUGGGUUAACUUGCCUAUGGCUGUUGGAUUUAUGCUCUUGUACACGAAGCUCGCCAACGUUUUGUCAAAGAAAGCUCUCUUCUACACUGUAAUUGUUCCCUUCAUUGCCUUCUUUGGGGCAUUUGGGUUUGUUCUCUAUCCCCUUAGCCAUUUGUUCCAUCCCACAGCGCUUGCGGAUAAGCUUUUGGCAGCUCUUGGACCGAGCUUCCUUGGUCCGGUUGCGAUUCUUAGAAUUUGGAGCUUCUGUUUGUUCUAUGUCAUGGCCGAGCUAUGGGGCAGUGUGGUGAUAUCAGUUCUGUUCUGGGGUUUCGCUAACCAGAUCACUACAGUUGAAGAAGCCAAAAGAUUCUAUCCAUUGUUUGGUCUUGGAGCCAAUGUUGCUCUUGUUUUCUCCGGCCGAACAGUAAAGUACUUCUCUAAUCUAAGGAAAACAUUGGGCCCUGGAGUUGAUGGUUGGGCUGUUUCUUUGAGAGGUAUGAUGAGCAUUGUAGUGCUGAUGGGGCUUGCAAUCUGUGGUAUUUACUGGUGGGUGAACACUUUUGUUCCUCUUCCCACCCGUAGUAAGAAGAAGAAGGAUAAGCCCCAUAUGAGCACAAUGGAAAGUUUGAAAUUCUUGGUGUCCUCGAGAUAUGUCAGGGACCUAGCCACUUUGGUGGUUGCUUAUGGCAUUAGCAUUAACCUAGUGGAGGUUACAUGGAAAUCGAAACUCAAGGCUCAGUUCCCCAGCCCAAAUGAGUAUUCAUCCUUUAUGGGCGAUUUCUCUACUGCCACUGGAGUAGCAACUUUCACAAUGAUGUUACUAAGCCAAUGGAUAUUUGACAAAUAUGGGUGGGGAGUUGCAGCCAAAAUUACACCCACAGUGCUUCUACUCACAGGGGUUGGAUUCUUCUCUCUAAUUUUGUUUGGGGGCCCAUUGGCCCCUGCAAUUGGGAAGCUUGGGAUGACUCCUCUGCUUGCAGCUGUAUAUGUGGGUGCCAUGCAGAAUAUCUUCAGUAAGAGUGCAAAGUACAGUUUAUUUGAUCCUUGCAAGGAAAUGGCUUACAUCCCGUUGGAUGAAGAUACCAAGGUAAAAGGGAAGGCAGCCAUUGAUGUUGUCUGCAAUCCUCUGGGGAAGUCUGGUGGUGCUUUGAUCCAGCAAUUCAUGAUAUUGACAUUUGGGUCACUUGCAAAUUCGACUCCCUACCUCGGCGGAAUUUUGUUGGUGAUUGUUUUCGCAUGGUUAGCGGCAGCAAAAUCCUUGGAUGGCCAGUUUAAUGCCUUGCGCAAGGAGGAGGAACUUGAGAAGGAGAUGGAGGAGAGAGCUGCAGUUAAGAUACCAGUUGUUUCCAAAGAUGGGAGUAAUGGGCAGGUUGAGCAAGGGAAUGGGUCAUUGGCAACUGGAUCAGCGCUGAAUCAAGCAACAGAAGAUGUCUCCAGCAGUUAGUCUGGGCCGUCUGGCUCUUAACUAGGAACAGUAAGAUACAUUCUUAGUGGAUUCAUUGGUAGGAUUAGAACCUUCUUCUUAUUCUCAUGGAUGAAAUAAUCAGAUCUCAGUUAGAUGUGCAACUGAUUAAUUUAAAUCCAUUUUUGGUAGGAAAUAAAUCAAAUAGUUGCGUUUUUUUUUUUGGGUUUUUUAGAUUAGAUUGUGAAAUUCAUGGAAAUCCAUUGGAUAUAUUGAUAUAAAAGUUUUCUGGAAUGUAUUUCACUGUCAUGUGUCUAAA